GAUAGGUGUUGCCUGGUGCUGCAUCGUUUUCAUAGCUCUUACGGUCAUGGCUGCCGCUCUUGUCGCUAACACCGCUAACGUUGUCACCACCGCUACCCCCAUUGCUAAGCCUGCGGUCGAGGCUCUUGUCAACUGGACGCCGUACAAUAGGUUGCAACGAGCUGAUGCGGCGCAGGCGUUGACUCUGGACAUGCUAGAAGGCACGGCGGGCAUCAUGAAAAGGGACCUACAUGAUCACUUGCAAUCAAAAUACGAUAGCCUUGCGGAGUAUAGGUCUGACAUGGGAGACGUGGGGCCGUUGAAGGCUUGGAAAAAGAUGGGGAAGAUCUACAAAUAUGGAUCUGGAGCUGACAAGCUUAAUCGGAAGACAGUGACAUCGUCGCAGGCGGCGCGGAGUCGAAACAUCUGGAAGACCAAAGGGGCAACAAACGGAUCUCCAUCGAGCGAUUCUCAAUCAGACACAAUAGGAGGAACACAAGUGGACGAUCAAGAACCAGGCGCAGCUGGUGAUCACAUCUCAGAAGAUAUCACAGAUGCAGACCCUUUCCGCGAGACGGAUUCUGCCAUUGUGCAUUAUGCAGGAGCAGCAUUCAGUAUUUGUGAAUCUGAGAGCGUGUACUCUCAAUCGGGAGAGUCCGUUUACAAUGAUGCCUUUCCCCUACAAACAUUCCGAUCGUCUUCCUGACUUCCGUGAUGUACCACCGCACAGGACCAUAUCUAUCGUUCGUAAUGUUGACCCGUUCGUGGGCGCAUUGUAAUCUAUACACUCAUUUGUCAUGUUGUAUAAUGUCAUUGUAUUAU